AUGCUCAAAAAUACGUAUUAGUCCCUGCAAAAUAUUACUCCAGUAAUCUUUUAAUUUGAACAUUCAUUAGGUGUUGAUUGCAAAAUUUCUGAUUCCUAUUUUAUUUAUGUAACAUUUAUCAACUCCAUCUAUGAUCUAUCAAACGAAAACCCUAUUCUCACUUCACGAGCACUGACGUCAAUCGCCCUUGAAUUGUUCUUCUUCGCUGAGGAUGGUAAUGGCUCGAGUAUAUGUUGGGAACUUGGAUCCACAUGUCACAGAAAGAGAACUAGAGGAUGAAUUCCGCGUUUAUGGUGUACUUAGAAGUGUUUGGGUUGCUCGAAGACCUCCUGGUUAUGCUUUUAUUGAAUUUGAUGAUAGGAGAGAUGCUUUGGAUGCUAUUGAUGGACUUGAUGGGAAGAAUGGCUUGCGUGUGGAGAUGUCGCAUAACUCAAGGGCCGAUGGUCGCGGUAGACGUUCCCUUAGUGAUGACUUGAAUUGCUAUGAAUGUGGUGAACCAGGUCAUUUUGCUCGUGAGUGCCGCUUGCGAAUUGGUCCUGGAGGAUUUGGUAGUGGAAGACGCAGGAGCCCUAGCCCUCGUUACAGCAGGGGCCUUAGCCCGCACUACCGCAGGAGUCCUAACCCUCGAUACCGCAGGAGCCCAAGCCCUCGUUACCGCAGGACCCCUAGCCCUCAGUACCGCAGGAGCCCUAGCUAUGGGCACAGAAGCUACAGUCCAGAAAGAAAACCUUCACGAUAUCACAGCUAUUCACCUGAACGUGGGCGAAGUUACAGCCGGUCACCCUCUUAUCACUCUUAUCACAUGAAUGGGGACAAGCUUUACGCCCGAAGUCGGAGCUGAAGUGCACUACCAUGACUACAAGAAUAUGACAUGCAAGAAGAAAUGAAACUUUUUGGUUGCUAUAGUCUUCUUUCCUGGAACUCGACUGUUUACAUUGUUGAAGUAAGUAGUUGGAUGAUAUUUGCCUAUGGACAAAGUGGUUAACUUUGACAGUGGUGCUUGUGAACUCAUUGCCUUAGUUUGAGAACUCUCAUCAGCUUGCUGUCAUUUGGAGAGGUUACCUUUUCUACUCUAUAAUAUUUAACUUAAAUUCAUAGAUAUAAUAGCCAGUUUCAUGAUAUUACAGAAUUGAAUUACAUACUGCAUGCUUUAAUGUUGAUGGUUAUGAACAUCUUACAAGAACAUACCCAUUUUGUGUUUGUUGUGAGGUGCGGUGCUGCCGUGCUGUUAAAAGCCUCAAGGUUGGCACCCAUCGGAUGACCUGCUCUCCUAAAUGACUCUGGUUCUUCUCUACAUGUGUCUUCACGUCUUCCACCUGGCAUGCCAAUAAUUGAAAACCUAGAAGUUGCACAAAGCACAACUAGAAUCGUGCCUCUGCAACAACUUAGUAUCACAAAUUUGCUUAGUUGUUGUAUAAGGGCAACAAAGUUUAAGAUAAGGUAAAUGGCAUAUACUUGGGGGUUGAUAUGGAGUACUGACUGGACCCCUCAAAACUGGUAGUAAGCUAUAUUAAAAACAAGAUUCAAGAAAUGGUUAUAAAUUUUACUUGCA